GGGGUCAGGAACAAACACUGAAAGACUUUUCCCUGGCAUCCUAAGAUAGGCGUACCUGAACAUAAUAAGAAGCAUUACAGCAUAGUGCAGUUUCAUUUCUCAUAAGCUACAAGUGAAGAGGAAGAACAGAAGAAAAUAAAGUUCUCUGUGUUCCAACAGUUUUUUAUAAAAGAAAACUAAGUAUAGGCUACUUAUUCAGCAAGACAGUGUGACAACUGGACUAACUUUUGGUAAUGACAAUGUAUCUGUUUGUCCUAAUUUCUGUUUUAAUCCUUCAAUUUUCCGAAUCCAAGGAAUUGGUUGGACCAAAGCAAGUGACAGGAUUUGUGAGUGGAUCCAUCACAAUAAAAUGUUUCUACUCGACUCUCACAAAAGCAAAUAAAUAUGACAGAAAGUUCCUUUGCCGUGAAACUGGAAGACGUAACUUAUGUGACACCAUUAUAUCUACCAACUCUUAUGUUAUGGAGAAAUUUGAGAAUCGUAUCUCUCUUGUGGAUAAUUCAGAGGAAGGCGUCAUGGUUAUCAAGCUGUCAGGCCUACAGCUGAGUGAUCAAGGCACCUACAGAUGUGGCAUUGGAAAAUCAGCAAGUGGCUUGACUGCAGUGGUCAAUGUGUUUGUUACAGAAGACUCAACAAUACGAAAUGAGGCAGAACUUAUGUAUGGGCAGCUGAGGAGCAGUGUAACCUUUCUGUGCAAAGUUGACAAACAAUAUUCUUCAUCUCCAAAGUAUUUCUGUAAGAUCAAUAAAGGCGAAUGUAGAACUAUUAUUAACAGCACUGGCUACAUAUCAAAUGAAUACCAUGGAAGAAUAGUUCUAAGUAAUGGAGAAGAUCCUGGGAGCUUUACUGUCAAACUCAUCCAGCUGAGAAAAGAAGAUGCUGGGCUCUAUUUGUGUGGAGUUGGAAACAAUGCAGAAGGGGGAGAUUCAAAUGCUUUUGAGCUGCACAUUAAUGAAGACACAGAUAUUCCUCAGGGAAGCAGGGUUUUGACGGGUAACAUUGGAGGGUCAAUAUCUGCUCUGUGCCCUUUCAAUCCUAAAAAGAACUACACUGUCAAAGUUUGGUGUAAGUGGGAUAAACAAGGCUGCCAUCCAAUUAUAAGGAGCAAUGGUUUUGUUCAAGAAAACUACGAAGGAAGAAUACUUAUUCAUGAUAACCCAGAAAAUGGAACUAUGCAAGUUCUAAUGAAUCAACUGUCCAUGGAAGAUAAGGGAUGGUAUUGGUGUAUGAUGACAGAUGGCACAACUGAUCAAAUAUCAUUUGUUCAGGUUAAUAUAGAAGGAGGAAACCAUGAUCAACUGGCUGGGCAGAAGGAAGUAGUGGCAUCUACUGGCAAACAAGUUAUAAUUCCUUGCACAUACCCAUGCCGGUAUACUUCUUACCAAAAGUACUGGUGCAAGUGGGGCAAUUAUGGUUGCAACCCCAUGAUAUCUCAGGACAAUGAUGAGGAUGGAUUGAGCAUUAAUUGUGAGAAUCGAGAGGUUGUGCUUACUAUCAAUACUGUAAAAAAGACUGAUGAAGGCUGGUAUUGGUGUGGAGUUACAAAAUUUGGAAGAUAUGGUGAGACCCUAGCAGUCCAUCUGAAAGUUGAAAGUGAGAUAGAAAAAGGCACUCCUCAUGACCUAUCUCGUAAUCGUAAUAUAGAUCCGGGAAUGGAUGACAAUAACCCAAGUUCAGAAGAAGGCAAAUCUAGUAACGUUCUUGCCAUCAGCUUGUCAGUAUGUGCUGUGGUCCUGUUGAUCUCUGCGGUUUUCAUUGUUAUCAGACUAAAGAAUAAGAGGAAUUCAGAACUUGUUUCUGUUGGAAGUUAUAGGAGCAAUAUAAGCAUGACUGAUCUGAAUAAUACUUCGCAUAUUGGCAAGGACAAUGUAGGGAUAAAUGAAGCCCAUGAGACAGAUAUGGGGUCCUCAAAUUAUGGAUCAAACACCAACAAAAAGGGAUCCGGAGAUGAUCUUGAUUAUUCAUCUUUCCUGAUCUACCAUGAAGCUAGUGUAAAUAAUGCUGACAUACAGUAAGACUGAGCUUAUUUCCUCAAAUAGCUCACACAGCAAUUAAUCCUAACUUCAACCAACCUUUUCUUGAAUUGAAAUCAAAUUUUUGUAAACAUGACAUGUAAUGGCUUUAAUUGUUUAACCAAUACUUGGAGUGUGAACAUUUUCAUUUGUUGGUGCAUUAUAAAGAAAUUAUAACAAUCAUUCAUAAAUUAAGCAACGAUGGGCACUUUUUAUUUGUAGACUAAAUAUAUAUUGUACAAUAAAAACAUUCCCUAGAUUUUGCAAUAUAUAGUUAUAUUCCGGCAAAGACAAUUUUUUAUUCUGUAGUUUUAAUUAUAUAAAAAAGAAGACGGAGAAAUUACAUUUACAUCAGUAAAAACAUGCAACAGAUGUAGCAGGUGAGUCUAUCCAGGUGCCCCAUAUUUUAUGAAACUUCUUUGGGACUACUCUUAUAACAAUCAUCAGUUUUUAGAGCUCUAGUUGCUCACUAUGGCAUUUCAUCUAGUAACAGUCUGAAGCAUAGGACCCAUCCAUGUUAUUGCUACCAUAAAACAGCAGAGCAUGAGAGUGUGUAUUAGGUAGCUAGUCAUCCAUUAUAAUCAGUAAAGAGAGGACAUUGGGUAAUUAAUGAGUGAGACAUCUGAGUAUCUCUUGCUAAUACCUCUGUAUAAAAGUUCAAUUAUUAGCCAUCCAUUUCAGACAUUGCAGAGAGGUUCUUAUGUUCUUGUUAUUGGAUUCUUUGUUUUUAAGUGACCUUCGUGGAGUGGAUCCUUUAGUUUCCUAAUUAGUUUUGCACCCAACAGCUUUCAAUUUAGAGAGUUUGGAUUUUAACCAAAUGGGUGCUGCAGGAAACAGUAGGGUCAUUCCAGGUCUACAAUCUUUUGAAAAAGUUCCUAUGUUUUGGGGUAGUUUACCUAACUGGCACUAGGUGUUAUAUCUCUCUUAUAUGUCUAUGUGGAAUAUUAGAGUAUCCUGAACCCUGCUGAUAGAGCUUCUAGCAGUGUGGAGGGGGUUUCUUUAUCAAACAUUAGCCAAUGGCAGGUAUGUGCCAAUUGUGAUGCAUAGUAAUAUGAUGCACAGUCAAAUAUAGCAAGUCCCAGGUGGUCAACAUUUACAAUGUGUCAAUCUGGCUAGAUUUAUUUGCAUAAAUGAAACUGGUAGUUAUGUGAACCCUUGCCUGACCAAAUCUUAGAGCACAAAAGAUGGUCUAAAGACAACAGCUCAAAUUCAACUAUAAACUAUUGAUAAAAUGAAUAAUUGUACUUUUCCUAUCAACUUCUUCAUCAAUUUACUAUAUUAUAUACAAUUAUAUAAAAUGAUUUUAAUCUUAAGCAAAGCCUAAUCUUGAGAAAAACAAAAGCAAAUAAAGAAAAUACUGUAAUCACAGAAACAGACUCAAGUGUGUAUGAUCCUUUAUGUGACAAUUGAAAAAUUAUUUACUGUAUUCUAAAAUCAAAACUAAUAAAUACUGUAUAAAACAA